AUGUUCGCAUCUUCGGAGACAUCUAUCUGUCUAUCUAUCUUCGGAGACAUCUAUCUGUCUCUAUCUAUCUUCAGAGACAUCUAUAUCUAUCUAUCUAUCUAUCUAUCUAUCUAUCUAUCUUCAGAGACAUCUAUAUCUAUCUAUCUUCAGAGACAUCUAUAUCUAUCUAUCUUCAGAGACAUCUAUAUCUAUCUAUCUAUCUAUCUAUCUAUCUAUCUAUCUAUCUAUCUUCAGAGACAUCUAUAUCUAUCUAUCUUCAGAGACAUCUAUAUCUAUCUAUCUAUCUAUCUAUCUUCAGAGACAGCUAUAUCUAUCUAUCUAUCUAUCUUCAGAGACAUCUAUCUAUCUAUAUCUUUAGAGACAUCUAAUCUCUGUAAUUCUUUUCUUGAUUUUAGCAGGUCUUUAAGUCCAAUUUCGUGUAGCUUUCUUUGUACAGUUCGAAAUGACGUGAAGGUUCACUUCUCCUUUACUUUCUUCGCUGUCACCUUUUCUCCAGAUGAUAACAAUAGCACUCCUCUUCAUUCUUCUUUCUGUUCUCUUGGAAAUUGUUUUUUUUUUCGUCCGCUCUUCUUCCGCUCAUAG